AUGUCAGGAAACUGGUCACUCCUGAGGCUGUCAUCGCCAGCUCCAUGCUCUGACUCGCCAGCUCCACCCUCUGACUCGCCAGCUCCAGCCUCUGACUCGCCAGCUCCGCCUUUUCCUAACACCACUCAUUUCCCACCACUGUCAGACUGGGAAGUGCCCUCGUUCACACGAGCCGCUCAGGUCCGUGUGGGCGCCACCUUUGUCCUCUUCCUGUUCGCCUCCAGCAGCAACCUGCUGCUGUUGGUCAGCGUGUGGUGUGGGCGGGGCCGGCGCCUCGCCUCACACCUGCGGCCUCUGAUUAUGAGCCUGGCCUCGGCCGACCUGAUGAUGACGUUUGUGGUGAUGCCGCUGGAUGCUGUGUGGAACGUGACGGUGCAGUGGUACGGAGAAAACAUCACGUGUAAGGUGCUGUGCUUCCUUAAGCUGUUUGCAAUGCAGGCGUCUGCCUUCAUCCUGGUUGUUAUCACUCUGGACCGCCAGCACGCCAUCCUACACCCACUGGACGUGCUCGGUGCACACCUCAGGAACCAUCGCAUGCUGACACUGGCUUGGAGCCUCAGCCUGCUGCUGGCGUCACCACAGGUACUUCAGACGCAGGAAAAUGCAACACCAGCUUCCUACUUAGCCUCCAACAACAGUCAGGACGAAUUAGAUCAGAG